CAGAAAAUGAAAGUAAAAAUCAGAUGUAGCCUAUUGCUCUGUUAAAGGUCCGUCCCUGCUUUGCUCUGUGAGACAUAAGGAAGUAGAUCACCUACCAAACACACAGACGGGCGAAAGAGUUUCUUUAGCAUCUCAUCAACAUGCCCCUUUUAAAUGGAAAUCAAAAUGCCAAAAAAGAAGAAGACUUUGCUGGAAAGAAACUCAAAACACUUCCCAAUGAGCUUCUCCAGAGGGGUGGAGAUGCAGUCAAGGUAGAUCUACAGCGGAACAGACUUAAACAAAUCACUGGUAUCGCUCAACUUAGAAACCUGACGGAGCUCAACCUGUGCAGGAAUGAGUUCACUGAGUUCCCCCUGGACAUUAGAGGGUUACGCCAAUUGGAGAAACUUUAUAUCAAUCAGAACAAUAUCAAAACCAUUCCAGAAAAUGUCUUUCCAUCUUUAGAGAAACUUCGAUUCCUAAAGUUGAGCACCAAUCGACUUGAAAAGCUACCCCAGGACAUGAACAGGUGCCAGCAUCUCAACUACCUUAACCUGUCCAACAACUGCCUGAAGAAUCUGGAUCCUCUUGUGGGUCUUUCACACCUAAAAGAACUUUAUGUUGAGAGGAACCAGUUGGCUGAGCUACCAGACCUACUCUUUCAAAACAGCAACUUAUCUCUGUUCAAAGCUAAUGGCAACCCUCUUAGAAAGCCUCCUCAGGAGGUCUGUGCAGGGGGAUUGAAAGAUAUCCAGAGUUACUUUGCGAUGCUUGAGGCGAAUGCCCCGAAUGUGUACACUGUAAAGACUAUGUUUCUUGGGAGCUCCAUGGCAGGGAAAUCCACUCUGUGUCGCAGUCUGAAGCAGGGUCGCCCUGUACCAGUGGCCGAGGCCGAUCGUACUGUAGGGAUUGAAAUCAGUGAAGUUGAUAGUGAGGGUAUCCGUUUUUUCUUUUGGGACUUCGCUGGACAAGAGGAAUACUACAUCACCCAUCAUGUUUUUAUAACAGCUCAAGCCUUUGUCAUACUUGCCAUCGACCUUUCCAGUUACAACAUGGAUGUCCAGAGUUUCAAAGAGAAUGUGGGCUUCUGGAUCAAAAAUCUUCAGCUUAAGAUUCCAGACUCAGUAGUUCUGCUUGUGGGCACUCAUGUUGACCAGUGCAAGAAUGAGAAUGAGGUAACAGAAAAGAAAAAACACAUCGAAGAGCAGGUGAAGGAAAUGCUUGAUACACACACAACUAAUUUGAACCAGCAGAGGAAGAACUUCCAGGAAAUGGAGAACUCAUCUUCAUACCGUGACCAGAUAAAUCAGAUUGAAAGACUGACUGAGUACAAACUAAAGGUCCUUGACCUUGUACCCAUAGAUUGCACUAAACAGGUGGACAUUGACAAGCUACUUACUCGCAUCAAACAAGAGGUUUUGAGCAAAGAUACAUUCCCCAGCAUAGAACAGACCAUACCUAGAAGCUACUAUGAGGUGGAGAAAGAUAUCCAAGAACUGAAAAACGGUGGCAUUACUGAGCAUGGAAUUGUGAGUCAAAGCACCCUCUUGAAUGAACUGAAGAACAGGCAUGAUACACUGGACGAUAACAGACUUCAGCUAAUUCUUCAGUAUCUUCACCGAAUUGGCGUCAUUAUGUGGUACAAGGAAAUCCCAGAGUUGGCGGAUUUUUUGUUUUUAGAGCCAUCAUUUCUCAUCUCAUUGUUUAAGACUAUUGUGAGACAUGACCUAGUCCAGGAACUGAACAAGAUUUCCAACGCAGAGCUGAAGUCAGAAAAUGCACUUGUAAUACAGAAGAAAAGAUGGAUCAGCGACUAUAAAGACAGAGCGUCCCUAAACAAUGUGGCUAUCAGGAUCCUGGUGCGGAAUGAGCUCCGGAAGAAUUAUGGCAUUACUGAUGAAGAGAUAAUUGAGGAGGUGGUUGGGUCCAAAAAGAAGGAAGGAAGUCUCCUUUCACUACUAAAGCACUUUGAUGUAUGUUUGUCGACCAAACAUAACAGUCCUCUCAAUCCAAAAGCCAAUGAGUUCUGUCCGAAAAAAAACUGGGUGCCCUCAAAUCCGAUUGUGUAUGAGCCAGAUGCCUGUCUGUUCCCAAGUUACCUGCCAGACAAUAAACUGGUAGAACAAAAGUGGCAAUCGGACAAUACAGAGGACCUAAAUAUCCAUGUUUACUUCCUACCUGAGAUACCACAUGGGUUUUUCCACAGGCUUGUCAUCAGGACGUGUUCCUUAUACUCUCCAUACUGGAUCGGAAAAGACCAGUGUAUGCUGUGUUGUGGUGACAGACGGUUUCUGCUAAGAGAACGCCGUGAUGAGGACCAGUUCAUUGAGAUCCGCUGCAAAGAGACUGAGCUUGAAACCUCAGAGGACAUCCAGAAAGCAUGGGGAGUGAUAAGGGAGAUUAUGAUACGGCUGAACAAUCUGACAGAGCAGUGGCAAGGGCUGUACCUGACUGUCCACAGUCCCUGUAAAUCCAGUGACUGUUAUGAAUACUUUCAGUGGAAUGACUGGCAAGAAUGGUUAGAAGAUACAGGGACAAACAAAUUUAAUGUGGGACUAGAGGACAAACAAACUUGCCACAAUGGACACCAACGGAGGACAGAGUUGCUGUUUCCUAGAACUCCUGAUGCUUCAACCUAAGGACAGGACAUAGAAGUCACUUGACUUGAUGGGAAAGGCUGUUAAGCCCACAUCAGACUACGAAUGUGUCAUUCCUUAAAUAUUGUAAAACACAACUUCAACAUAUGUUUACAUAAUUAACUAAACUACCAACUUGCACAGAAAACUAAUGUUGCACAGAAAGUUGAAAUGUUUUCAACACGUUAUUACAUAAAUUGUAAUAGCUCCAAAAGAUUAAACAUAACCUAUACUUACUAUAGUUAACGUAUAUUUCUUGAUUUAGUAUGAAACCAAGGAAUCUAAGGUUAUUUUGGAGAACAUACACAAGAUUUGUGUAGUCUACUCUCAGUAAGAAAUCGUUCAUAUCUUGUCCUGUAGAAACUUAAUGUUGCCGCCAGGUGGCGAUCUUUAUACAUUUACAUUUCACUUUUUUUUUUUUUUUUUGAGGGCCACAUGUGAUGGGUAAAGUAUUGCUUCUGUGGAAUCCUGAACAUGUAACGAAUUAUUCAAUAAAGUUAUCUAGAUUUGGGUUA